AUGUCUUAUUUACUUAGUGGAGUUCAGGCCUGUUGUUUUUCAAAGCAAAUGCAUGGAUUAUUAAUUAAAGCAGAUAUGCUGAAAAAAGUCUUCAGUGUCCAAAAACUGAAAACCGCUCAUGCGUUUUCUCAAAAUAGUUCAAGGAAUGUGGACUGUUUUACUUACAUAAUUGUUGGAGCUGGAUCAGCUGGUUGUGUGUUAGCCAGCCGACUGACUGAAGAUCCCGACAGCACUGUUAAGCUUCUAGAAGCAGGACCAAAAGAUACACUCUUUAACUGCAAACGAUUAAUGUGGAAGAUUCACAUGCCGGCUGCAUUAACCUACAAUCUCUGUGAUGAUAAAUAUAACUGGUAUUACCAUACAACCCCACAAAAGCACAUGGAUAAUCGAAUUAUGUACUGGCCCAGAGGAAGAGUGUGGGGUGGCUCUUCAUCCCUCAAUGCCAUGGUGUAUAUUCGGGGCCAUGCAGAAGAUUAUAACAGGUGGAGUAGGGAAGGGGCUGUUGGAUGGGACUAUGAAUUUUGUUUACCUUAUUUUAAGAAAGCACAAACUCAUGAGCUGGGUGCUGAUCCUUAUCGAGGUGGGAACGGCCCACUUCAUGUGUCCAGGGGAAAAACCAACAACCCUCUGCACCAUGCAUUCCUGGCUGCAACCCAGCAGGCUGGAUAUCCUUUCACAGAUGAUAUGAAUGGUUUUCAGCAAGAAGGCUUUGGCUGGAUGGAUAUGACCAUACACCAAGGUCUAAGAUGGAGCACAGCCAGUGCUUAUCUUCGUCCCGCAUUAUCACGUCCAAACUUGUCAGCAGAGGAAAAUACACUUGUAACAAAAAUUUUAUUUGAAGGGACAAAAGCCAUUGGCAUUGAGUAUGUUAAAGAUGGGGAAAAGAAAAGGAUUUUUGCCAAUAAGGAAGUUAUUUUAAGUGGAGGUGCUAUAAAUUCUCCACAGCUGCUUAUGCUGUCUGGAGUUGGCAAUGCAGAUGACCUCAAAAAAUUAGGAAUCCCUGUUGUUUGUCAUCUUUCAGGAGUUGGCCAAAAUCUUCAAGACCAUUUAGAAGUGUAUAUACAACAGAAGUGCACUCAGCCUCUAACUCUCUACAAAGCACAGAAGCCUCUUAAUAUGAUAAAGAUUGGUCUUGAAUGGCUGCUGAAAUUUACUGGUGAUGGUGCCACUGCUCAUUUAGAAACUGGUGGAUUUAUCAGAAGUCGAGCAGGAGUUCCUCAUCCAGAUAUUCAGUUCCACUUCCUUCCUUCUCAGGUGAUCGACCAUGGGCGUACUGCUUCUCAGCUGGAAGCAUACCAGGUUCAUAUUGGCUCCAUGAGGAGUACAAGUGUGGGGUGGCUAAAGCUGAAAAGUACUGACCCAAGGGAUCAUCCCAUCCUUGAACCCAACUAUUUGUCAACAGAAAUAGACAUCUGGGAAUUCCGCCAGUGUGUCAAAUUAGCCAGAGAGAUAUUUGCUCAGGAAGCCUUUGAAAAAUUCCGUGGCCCUGAAAUUCAACCUGGAAGCCAUGUGCAAUCAGAUGAAGAGAUAGAUGCUUUCAUAAGGCAAAAAGCAGAUAGCGCCUAUCAUCCUUCAUGCACUUGUAAAAUGGGACAGAAUUCUGAUUCUACAGCUGUGGUGGAUCCUCAGACCAAAGUUAUAGGAAUAGAAAACCUGAGAGUUGUUGAUGCCUCAAUAAUGCCAAGUAUUGUUAGUGGGAAUUUAAAUGCCCCAACCAUCAUGGUAGCAGAGAAAGCUGCUGAUAUAAUCAAGGGACUGCCAUCACUUCGAGAGAAAAAUAUUCCUGUAUAUAAACCACAGGCUCUGGAAACUCAGCGGUAAA